GAAAAAUAACAAACCAGAAAGAAUACAGCUUACAGCCAGCGGGGCACACGGUGUAAGCACCAUGAAGCAUAAAGAUGGAAAGCCGAUUACUCAUCCGGACAAAAAUUCGAGGAAAGUCCCCAUGGCACUAAUGUUUGUUGUCCUUUGCGGGUUUUCAUUCUAUCUUGGAGGAAUUUUCUGCUCAGAAAAGGACAAAUAUGACACGCAGGACGUCAAUAAAGCUGCUAAGCCUUCCAACGAGAAAGCAUCAGGUCCUCUCCAGAUCAAAGCUGUCACCUUUCCUGCAUGCCCUGCGGAUUAUCAGGACUACACCCCUUGCACAGAUCCACGGAGGUGGAGAAAGUAUAGUCUUCACCGUCUUACUUUCAUGGAGCGCCACUGCCCUCCUGUGUUUGAAAAGAAGGAGUGCUUGGUGCCCCCUCCUGAUGGUUAUAAGGUUCCUAUUAGAUGGCCACAGAGCAAGAACGAGUGUUGGUACAGGAAUGUUCCGUAUGAUUGGAUUAACAAGCAAAAGUCGAAUCAGCAUUGGCUGAAGAAAGAAGGGGAAAAAUUCCUCUUCCCUGGGGGUGGCACUAUGUUCCCCAAUGGUGUGAGUAAAUAUGUUGAUUUAAUGGAAGAUUUGAUUCCCGGAAUGAAGGAUGGGACUAUUAGGACUGCCAUCGAUACUGGAUGUGGGGUUGCCAGCUGGGGAGGUGAUUUACUCGACCGAGGCAUUCUCACUAUCUCUCUUGCCCCUAGAGAUAACCAUGAGGCUCAAGUUCAGUUUGCACUAGAACGUGGAAUUCCUGCUAUCCUGGGCAUUAUCUCAACACAGAGACUUCCAUUUCCUUCAAACUCCUUCGACAUGGCACACUGCUCAAGAUGCCUGAUUCCUUGGACAGAAUUCGGCGGCAUAUACCUCCUGGAGGUACACCGUAUCCUCCGGCCAGGCGGAUUCUGGGUGCUGUCAGGUCCACCUGUCAACUACGAGAACAGGUGGCACGGGUGGAACACCACAAUCGAGGAGCAAAAAUCGGACUACGAAAAACUCCAGGAGCUCCUCACUGCCAUGUGCUUCAAACUCUACAACAAGAAGGACGAUAUUGCCGUCUGGCAAAAAUUAUCCGACCAGAGCUGCUACAAGAAGCUCGAGUCCCCAGACAUCUACCCUCCAAAAUGUGAUGACGGCACAGAGCCUGACUCUGCAUGGUACACUCCAAUCAGGCCCUGUGUGGUGGCUCCAGGCCCGAACUACAAGAAAAUUGCACUCAAGUCCCUGGCCAAGUGGCCUGAGAGGCUGCGGGUCGCGCCAGAACGGGUGGCGGAUGUUAGAGGGGGUAGUGAUGGUGCUUUCAAGCACGAUGACAGCAAGUGGAAAACGAGGGCCAAGCACUAUAAGAAGCUGGUGCCGGCUAUAGGGACUGACAAGAUAAGGAACGUGAUGGAUAUGAACACGUUGUAUGGCGGUUUUGCAGCGGCCUUAAUGGAUUAUCCUCUGUGGGUGAUGAACGUGGUGUCGUCUUAUUCGUCGAACACUCUGCCGGUGGUGUAUGAUAGGGGGCUCAUUGGAACCUACCACGAUUGGUGUGAGGCGUUCUCAACGUAUCCUAGGACGUACGACCUUCUCCAUGUGGAUGGUCUUUUCACAGCUGAAAGCCACAGGUGUGAAAUGAAGCAUGUGUUGCUCGAGAUGGACCGUAUUCUGCGGCCAAACGGUUAUGCCAUAAUUCGGGAAUCCAGUUAUUUCGUGGAUGCUGUGGCAACUCUAGCUAAGGGCAUGAAAUGGGGCUGCCGAAAGGAAGAAACUGAAUAUGGGGUCCAACAAGAAAAGAUACUGAUUUGCCAGAAGAAGCUGUGGUAUUCAUCUAACAAAAACACAAGAUGAUAUAACCAAGAAAUGAUCAUGUAGAGAACGAGGACACGAUAUUUAUUUAUACUGUAGAAACACACAACAUGAGGAAUGAUUUGUUGGGUUUUUCAAGUUUGAAGCUCAAGCAAUGGCUUCAUUGAAAUGGUCAGAAGAAAUGGGGCAGACUUUGUAACCAUGAGGAGGCUAAAUUAUUGGGGGGUUUUAGUGCUUUUUGUUUUUCUUUUGACAUGAUAUAUAAAUCUUGCGAGGGUCUUGUAAUUUUAUUUGUUCCUUUCCUUUUCCACCUCCUUGAAGCUGUGAAAUGUCUAAAGGGGUGAUGUGGCUUCUUUUGUUUAUUAAAUGGGAAUACAUUUUUUUGUGCUCAAAUGACUGAUUUUUUCUUAAUUGUGUAUUCAUCGCUUUCUGUUAUGCUUUUUCUCUUUAAAGAUGAUCAGAUAAUGCAGCUACUGGAAAGGAGAAAUAUUGCGAACGGAUAUAUCUCUAAGUUGGAAGAAAUAAAUAGCUGUUGCUGGUUGAACCCAUAAAAGCUUCAAAGGUUAGUUCAUAUUUUGC